AUGGGGCGCGGCCCGCCGGCCGUCCUGGCCCUGUGGAUGCUGUUCCUCAGCCUGGCUCAGGCCAACUUCGCCCCCCACUUCUUCGACAACGGGGCCGGCAGCACCAACGGAAACAUGGCCCUGUUCAGCCUCCCGGAGGACACGCCGGUGGGCUCUCAUGUGUACACCCUGAAUGGAACAGACCCCGAGGGAGGCCCUGUCUCCUACCACAUCAGCUUUAACCCCAGCGCUAGAAGCGUCUUUUCAGUUGACCCCAGUCUGGGAAACAUCACCCUGAUUGAAGAGCUGGACAGAGAGAGGGAAGAUGAGAUUGAAGCCAUUAUCAGCAUUUCCGAUGGGCUGAACCUGGUGGCAGAAAAAGUCACGAUCCUAGUUACUGAUGCCAAUGACGAGGCACCCAGGUUUAUCCAGGAGCCCUACGUUGUCCAGGUUCCCGAGGACACACCUUCUGGGAGCAGUCUCGCCAGGGUCCGUGCAGUGGACAGGGACACCGGCUCUGCAGGGAGCGUCACCUACUUCCUGAAGAAUCCGCACCCCUCCGAGUUCUCCGUGGACCGCCACAGCGGGGUGCUGCGCCUCCAGGCCGGGGCCACCCUGGACUUCGAGAAGGCCCGGGCCCACUUCCUCACUGUGGUUGCCAAGGAUGGCGGGGGAAAGCUGCGAGGGGCCGACGUGGUGCUCUCGGCCACCACUGAGGUCACGGUCAACGUGGAGGACGUGCAGGACAUGGCCCCUGUCUUCGUGGGCACGCCCUACUAUGGCUAUGUGUACGAGGACACCCUUCCGGGCUCAGAGGUCUUGACGGUGGUUGCCAUGGAUGGAGAUCGGGGCAAACCCAACCGCGUUCUCUACAGUCUGGUGAAUGGAAGUGAUGGAGCCUUUGAAAUUAAUGAGACAUCUGGAGCCAUCUCCGUGACGCAGAGCCCUUCCCAGCUCCGGAGAGAGGUGUAUGAGCUGCAUGUACAGGUGACUGAGGUCAGCUUUGCAGGGACUCCAGCCGCCCAGGCCAUGGUGCCGGUCACCAUCCGGAUCGUGGACCUCAACAACCAUCCACCGACAUUCUACGGGGAGAGUGGACCCCAGAACAGAUUUGAGCUGUCCAUGUAUGAGCACCCGCCCCAGGGGGAGAUCCUUCGGGGCCUCAAGAUCACCGUCAAUGACUCAGACCAGGGAGCCAAUGCCAAAUUCAACUUGCGGCUGGUGGGACCUGGGGGCAUCUUCCGAGUGGUCCCGCAGACAGUCCUGAAUGAAGCCCAAGUCACGAUCAUUGUGGAGAACUCAGCUGCCAUUGACUUUGAAAAGUUUAAAGUGUUGACCUUCAAGCUCCUCGCCAUUGAAGUGAGCACCCCAGAGAAGUUCAGCUCCACAGCGGAUGUCGUGAUCCAGCUCCUGGAUACCAAUGACAACGUCCCCAAGUUCACCUCCCACUACUACGUCGCCAGGAUCCCCGAGAACGCCCCCGGGGGCUCCAACGUGUUGGCUGUUACAGCCGUGGAUCCAGACACAGGGCCCUGGGGUGAAGUCAAGUACUCCAUUUAUGGAUCUGGGGCAGACCUCUUCCUGAUCCACCCGUCCUCUGGGAUCAUCUACACCCAGCCCUGGGCCAGCCUGGACGCUGAGGGCACUGCCAGGUACAACUUCUACGUGAAGGCGGAGGACAUGGAGGGCAGGUACAGCCUGGCUGAGGUGUUCAUCACGCUGCUGGAUGUCAAUGACCACUACCCCCAGUUUGGAAAGAGCGUCCAGGAGAAGAUAAUGGUGCUGGGGAGCCCAGUGAAAAUUGAGGCCACAGACCAGGAUGCAGAAGAGCCCAACAACCUACUGGACUAUUCCAUCACCCACGCAGAGCCGGCCAACGUGUUCGACAUCAACGCACACACGGGGGAGAUCUGGCUCAAGAACUCCAUCCGAUCCCUGGAUGCCCUGCACAACAUCACACCCAAUGGGGACCGCACGUGGUCCCUAGAGGUGCAGGCCAAGGACCGUGGCUCCCCAUCCUUCAGCACCACGGCCUUGCUCAAGAUUGACAUCGUAGACACUGAGAUGCUGUCCCGAGGCCCCAUGGCCGCCUUCCUGAUGCAGACCAAAGAGAACCCCAUGAAGGCCGUGGGCGUGCUGGCUGGCAUUAUGGCCAUCAUUGUGGCCUUAACCGUUCUCAUCUCCACCGCCACCUUCUGGCGCAACAAGAAGUCCAACAAGGUCCAGCCGGUGCGGCGAGUUCUCCGCAAGCGGCCCAGCCCUGCACCCCGCAGCAUCCGCAUCGAAUGGCUUAAGUUCCGAAGGACCAAGGCCGCUGACAAGUUUGUGCUCAAAGAGGCUCCUCCCAAUGAGAACUGCAACAAUAACAGCCGUGGAAGCACACCACCCCCUCAAGCCCCUGCUCCCCCUCCACCACCCAGCACGGCACCCAGCAUGGGCCAGGCCCCCUGGACCGUGCCUACUGUCUCUGGCUCACUUGGCCCUCAGCAACCCCAACAACCAUCACCAAAACCCAGGGCCGUGGCAAAACGCAAGGCCGUGGGAAGCCCCGUCCAGUCAGCUCUAGUCUCUGAGCUCAGGCAAAAGUUCGAGAAGAAGAAUCUACAUAGCAAAGCUUACUUCUAG